AUGAAGUGGUUCAACGGCCUCGUCGUGCUCUUCGGUGCUCAGCUCGCUUUGGCGAGUCCCUUGGGAUUAACCAAGCGUGCCGCAAUCAGUGAUACUGCCAACAUCGGCUUUGCUACUCUUAACGGCGGUACCACGGGAGGUUCUGGCGGUACCACCACCACCGUCUCCACCCUCGCAGCUCUGACCUCCGCCGUCUCCGGUGACGCCAGAAAGACUGUCAUCAUCUCAGGUAUUCACCAUCUCUUUGGCGGCACCAUCUCGGGCGACAUAGUCGUCAGAGUCGGAUCCAACACCUCUGUCAUCGGGAAGAGAGGAUCAGCCCUCGUCGGCGUCGGCCUGCGAGUUUACAGAGCCUCCAACGUCAUCAUCCGCAACGUCAAGAUCUCCAAAGUCAAAGCUAGCGCCGGCGACGCUAUCGGCGUCCAGGAAGCCUCCCGUGUCUGGUUGGACCACCUCGACCUCUCCAGCGAUCGCAACUCUGACAAGGACUUCUACGACGGCCUCCUCGACAUAACCCACGGCUGCACCUCCAUCACCGUCUCCCACUCCAAAUUGUACAACCACUGGAAAGGCUCCCUCGUCGGCCACUCGGACAACAACGCCUCCGAGGACCAAAAAAUCACCGUCACCUACGCCUACAACUACUGGUCCAACAUCAACAGCCGCACCCCCAGCUUCAGGUUCGGCACCGGACACGUGUUUAACAACUUUUUCGAGAAUGUAGGGGAUGGGAUUAAUACUAGGAAAGGCGCCCAACUCCUAGUCGAGAACAACGUCUUCACGGGCACCAAGAAACCCCUCUACUCCACCGACGGCGGGUUCGCUGUUGCAACCGGCAACGACUUUGGCGGUGGCUCCAAUACCGCACCGGGAGGUUCCUUCACUCGACCACAGUACGGCUACAACUUGAUGGGCACUGGCUCCGUGAGGUCGUCUGUCACCCAGAACGCCGGGCAAACCCUUGACUUCUGA